ACUUGAAAUGACUUCGUAAUUUACUGCAAGCUUGAUAAAAGACCCUUCUUUCUGUUUGAAGUUCAUCGGAUUUUAUAAAUUCUCAAUCAAUUAAUUUACAUAGAAUGCUAUCUUUUGACCAUACAUAGAUUACGAUCAUCACUUUAUCAACUUGAUUUGAUUUUUGUUUUAAUUUCCGUUGACUCUAUUCUCUCGUUAAACAGAUUUCUAAACCAAAACAAGCCUUCCUUAUCACUUCUCAGACUCUCCUUCUGAAACUCGAUUCCUCCAAGAUCUCAACAAAACUUUAUAUCUUACACAUAUCUUCAUAACCAAAUCAAAACCUCAUCACCAAACCAAUCAAAAACAAUGAAUCAAGCUAAUCGUAGAAAACGUGAAACUCAAUCCAAACCAUCAUCAAGCUUAUCAUUAUCAUCAUCAAUGUCAUCAUCAUCACCUAAACCAAAAAACAUAAAUUGUAAAAUCAUACCAAAGAAUCAAGCAGCAUUUGUUUCAAAAUUAUUUAAGAUUUUGGAAUUAGAAGAAAAACGUUUGAUUAGUUGGUCUACUUUAGGUGAAAGGUUCUUGGUCUUUAAUCCAAUUGAAUUUUCAAAAUUAAUUUUACCUUUACAUUUUAAACAUAAUAAUUGGCAAAGUUUUGUUAGACAAUUGAAUAUGUAUGGGUUUCAUAAGGUUCAUAAUUCAUCAACUUCUGGUCAUGCAUGGGAAUUCCGUCAUCCACAUUUUCGUAAAGGAAGACCCGAUCUGAUCACACUAAUCAAACGAAAAUCAACCCGUAACAGUACAAGUUCGACCACCACCAAACCUACGAUCCCACCAAUCUCUUCAACAACCUCAAUCCCAUCAACAUCACCAAUUCCAACCCCUCCAGCACCACCACCUCACCC